GUUCAAUGACAGCUGUCAUGUUGACAUUUGCGUUGUGAUGUGAUUUGUAUUGUCUUGUACUUGGCACAAUUUUGCAAAUAAAUUGAAAUUUCAUAAAGUUAGUUAGCUAUUUAGUCAUGGCUAAUUACAAUCCCAAUGAUUAUGCUUGGCAAACCCAAAACAACAGCCAAAGUUAUACAUUUGAUACUUCCAAUACCUUUGUUGAUCCAGGCCAAACUCUUGACUUCCAGACAUUUCCUACAGAGCACCAAAAUUUUUCAUAUGAUCAAACUCAAGGCACACUUCCUCCAAAUAACAAUCAGUACUAUAAUCCAAACUUAUUUACACCAGCACCAAUAACUGGAGAAGCUCCAGGAGAAACAACAGAGUUUGAUGAGCCUCCUUUAUUAGAUGAGUUGGAGAUAUACCCAGACAGGAUAUUGGAGAAAACAUUAGCAGUACUAAAUCCUUUUCAUGGACAAUCUAAAGCUGAUGAUGCUAAUUUCUUAUUGAGGGACACUGAUAUAGCUGGACCUAUAGCAUUUUGUCUUGCAUUGGCGGUUUGUUUAUUCCUCUCAGGAAACAAGGCACACUUUGGAUAUGUGUAUGGUCUCUCAGUCAUGUCAGUUAUAUUAAUGUAUUUUUUAUUGUCUCUGAUGAGUCGCACAGAAGGUGUUUUUACUGUACUAAGUGUAGCUAGUGUGCUGGGAUACUGUAUGUUGCCUAUGGUAGUAUUGGCUGGAUUAGGAAUUUUUGUUUCUUUAGAAGGAACUAUAGGACUGAUGAUAUCUGCAGUUGCAGUGAUUUGGUCAGCUUUAUCAGCAAGCAGAUUGUUUGUGACUAUGUCUGGAGAUGCUGAACAAAGACCAUUGAUAGCAUAUCCUUGUGCUCUAGUAAAUGGAGUAUUUGCUUUGCUGGUACUUUUUUAACUUAAUAAAUUAAAGGUUUGUAUUACCAUAGACCUCCACAGGAAGGAGUGUAAAUUACUGAGUAUAAUGAAAUUAUGUUAAUAAACAAAAUAACCUUUAUUUUGUAAUAUAAAAUCAAAAAUUUUGUUGUAAAUUUCUCGAAAUUUGAGAAGUUUACUUGUAUGAUGUGCUGCAAUGUGUAAAUAAACAUUUAAUAACA